AUGUCUUUAGUCGAUAUCCUGCUCAGACCCAAUAUGCGGGACCCGCUUCCUGCGCCCUCGCUGCUCGUGCAGUCUAGCAAGUCGUUCGCCGACAAGCUGAGCCUGACGACGCUUCCGUACCACGUCCACGAGAUCCUCCUCGGCUUCCUGGGCUACCAUCUCAUCCUCCAUGUCCUUUCUCCGACCAUCUCGCGACUCGUCUGCCCGAACAUAUACAAGAGCUUCAACAAGCGCACGCGACUCAACUGGGACAUCCACUGGGUUUCUAUGAUUCAAGCGCUAUUCAUCUGCGCCGCUGCGCUGUGGGUCAUCUUCAAGGAUGAACAGAGGCACGAGAUGGACUGGAGGGGCAGACUGUGGGGAUAUACGCCAGCUAGCGGUAUGGUGCAGGGAUUCGCAGCUGGGUACUUCCUAUGGGAUCUCCAAGUGUCCGCGCAAUACAUCAACAUUGCUGGCAAACCAUUCGGAAACUACUACGGCCUCUCCUUCGUCCUCUACGAACUCUCCACCCCGUUCCUCAACAUCCACUGGUUUUGCGACAAGCUCGGAAUGACUGGCUCAAAGCUCCAGCUCUACAACGGCAUCGCCCUCCUCGUUACUUUCUUCGGCUGUCGCAUCGUCUGGGGCUCAUACCAGUCUGUGAUGAUCUACUCAGACAUCUACAAGGCGCUCACUAUGCCCAAGCCCGAACUCAUGAGCUCUCUGCUCGAGGCCCAGAAGUGCGACGGAACCUCCAACAGCAGCAUGGGUCUCGAUGGACCUGGAAACUGCACAGCUGGCGAGCUGCCCAUGUGGCUGGUCUGUGUAUACUUGGUGGGCAAUACGGCGUUGAGCAUGCUCAACUUCUUCUGGUUCUCGCAGAUGAUCAAGGCUGUUAGGAAGAGGUUUGUACCUGCGGAGGAGACCAAGGCUAAGAAGAGUCAGUAA